AUGGAAAACCUAGAGUAAUACUAACUUCAUUAAAACAUAGAGUAUUAAUACUUAGCAUUGUGUAGUGUAUCCCAAGAAGCUCUGUUGAAGAAGAGAAAGAGAGACGACGAGAAUUCAAGAAAGAGAUUGAAUGUAAGAGCUCAGCAAAGAAUGGACAGAGGCAGAAAGAAGAAAGUUGAGGACAAGGAAGCCACUGGCAAGAAGAUCCUCAUGCCAGAGGUGUUCAUCUCCAACUACAUGAAGCAGCAAAGGAACUUCCUCAAGUAUAAGAGAGAGAAAAGCAAGACCAAGAAAGUGACUGAAAAUGCCAAGAACCUAGCACCACAUGAAAGAGUAAAGCCAAACACACUUAUUCUAGCAGUUAGAGUUAAGCAAUCCGAUAACACUACUCCCCAAGCUCAGAAGAUCAUGAGAACUUUAGGUUUAAAGGAGUUGAACAAUGCAGUCCUACUUAAGUCAGACCCAGACACUGAGAACCAAUUGCUGAUCAUCUAGGACUAUGUUGCAUUCGGAUACCCUACCAAGCAGUUAGUCAAUGACUUAAUCAGAAAGAGAGGAUUCAUUAAGAAGGAUGGAAAGAGACUACCCAUUUCUGAUAACAAUCUUAUCGAAGAAUUACUUGGAUAACAUGGCAUCAUCUGCCUUGAGGAUCUAAUAGACGCAGCUAUCAAGUGUAAUGCUAAAGACUCACACUUUGAAGAAGUGAGAAGCGUAUUGUGGCCUUUCCAAAUCACACCACUAUAAGAGACUAGUGAUAAAGCCAAUGCCAAGCAUCAAGCUACUGGCAAAGAUAUCAGAAAGAAGGAUCUUAAAGUCUAGAAAGGAGGUUACCUCGGACUUAUGGGAGACAAAAUCAACGAAUUCGUCAAGCCACUCAUUUGA